ACUGUUUGAAAUUUCUCAAGGACAUCAACAUUGUGAAAGUUUUGCUCCACAAAAAUCCUCCAAAAGAAAGAAAUGUCAAAUGCUGUGGCAAUGAACGAAUGCCAGAAUGGUAAUGGACAUUGCUGCGAGGAGAAUAAAGACCACUGUGUCAACGGCAAGAUUUUCCAGACCGCAAAACAGAUGUAUAUUCACACGGGAAACUUGACGAACUGGAGUCGAAGCAACUCUAAAGUUGUUAAAAGCACGACAGAAGAGGUUUGUCCGUCUAGAAAAAGAUAUGCUCUUAUUCAUUCUGCCUUUAUAUGUCUUAGUGUAGUUAUUUGUUUCGUUUAAACGCGGCGGAGAUCUGCAACAAGAGCAAAAUUUAAUUACAAAUCCUAAUGUGUUUACAUAAAAGGUGUAUGGAUUGGGUUAACGGGUUAAAGGUUAUCACUAAAGCUUCAUAAUAUAUAAUAUUAUUUCUACAUAAAGUCAGAUAAACAAAAAUGCAAUAGCCCAUUCACUGAGUUUACAACGAAAAUAACCUCGCGUGUUUUAAUCUAAACACCUCUUGAACUAGUUAUCAUAUGAGAUUUAAACUAACUGUCAAUCUUUAUUAUAUAAUAGAUUAGGGUUUCAAUAUUUCACUGCGGAAUUUUAUAAUCGUCUUUUAAAUUAUAAUUGGCCUGCUAGAAACAUCUGAGCAAGCGAAUAAUUGUUGUUUUGAAAGAAAUUUCUGCAGAAAAAUUGGGUGUGUCCUCGUUUGUUAGUUUUCUGGUGGCAAGACUUUAAUUAAUAAGCACUAUUUUGUACAGUACAUCAGAUCGACCUUAUCAUAAUCAAAGCAAGCACUUUGCAAAUUUCAUAUUGCGAUGCAUAUAGAGGUUUGCAGGGAAAUAAAUGCAGAACAAUUUUGCGCAGUAGUUAUGAUUGCGGUGAUCAAUUUCGUUGAAUAAGAAUAAUUAUUCAACUUUUCAAAUUGGACUAGCACCUGUUGUAUCGCCCAGAUGCAUCAUCAGGUGACGCAAACAAUUGCUAGAAAUGUGCAAGUCGGUAGACAAGGUGUCUUUACGUUUGCAUGAUUAUUUUUGCUUCAAACUAUAUUCCCUUUGCUAUAUUUUCAGCACCAUGUAAUCACCCAUCUUGUUAUAGGCCAGCGAACGGCGAAUUUCGCCAGCGCUAAGAAGAUAUUUGACAGCCAUUCGCCAGAGGUUGUGUGUAAUUUGCCGGUACUUGCAGUCAUGACAAGCUGAAAUUUUUAGCCCAGUCUUGCACUCGGACAAUAUACCAAAUAGACAAAGCUUGCAAGCCUUUGCCCACCACUCAACUCACAGCACCCUUGAAGCUUCGACCCGGACCUUCCAUUCUUUGCAUAAUGUACUCGCUUCGCUCAUCAAUUAAUAGCCGGAGCCUCAGUAGAGCAAAACAGUGCUGGCCAUACACAAAUUAUUAUUAGCCAGGACUUCAAACGGAUACCUGAAGGGUUGUGUAAUUAUGUAUUUUCUGGGUGUGCAGAAUGGGGUAUACAUCCCCAGAAAAUUUAGGUGUCAACGAGAGUAAAUAGCCAAGUAAGACCAUCGUGGAGCACUGUGGCUUAUUACAGUCAUCACAAUUUUUAAAAAUCAUUGAAAAAAUCAAGCUGAGAAUAUUGAUCUAUUGAACGAAAGGAAUUCACUUGUUAAUGUCUUCGAUAGAUCCCUUUACAGCAUACAGUACGUAAAUGAUAAGUGUUUGGUAACCGUUGGGAAAACAUUGCCGUCAAUAAUUUCAUUUUCAGCUGCAUUAUCGGUGGAAUUAUCAGUAGCAAUUGCCAUUUGCCGUUGAAAAUAGCAUGAGAUAUGGGCAGAUAACGUACUCUAAGUAUUGUUUUGGCAACAUUUUUCUCUUUGAAGAGUUAAUCUAGUUAGAUUUUCGAAAUCUGAAUUGACUUGGUGCACUCCAAUUUGAGUAAAAAUAUUCCCAGGCACAGCAUGACUAAGCAUUUUUUUUAAAUAUUUAAAUCAGGGUCAUUUUUGACAAGACAGCAUGACACAGCAUGACUUUGUGAUGGCUUACAAAAUUAUUUGCAUAUUUGAAAUUGUCAGAAGCAAGAAAAUAAUUAAACUGUACAUCAUAGCUUGCUGAUUGAUUAGCAGUCAGUUUCUUCUUCGAAUCUGAGUUAGAUCAUGCUAUAUUAGCAAACUCUCCGGAAAGCGAUUGUGACAGUAUAUCGUUCAAACCUUGCUUGCCCGGACAACCAAGUUUUACUGAACAAAUUCUCUUGAAUAAAUUAACUUUUCAUGAUCGAUGAGCAUUUCAUGAUGACAAGGUUAAGUUGUUUUGCUCAUGGAUAUUGGUACCUACAGUCAAUAUGUUUGCUGACAUAGUAUUUUGAGAAAUUAGAAUUCAGUCUAUAUACUGUUAUUUAUCUGCGAGUCAGAAAAGAUUGGCAAAUUUCCCGGCUGUUUCUUUAAAUUCUACCGUUAUCAGACAUGUACAUAUUUUUUUUCAACCAUCUGUGCAAAAAGUUGAAUAAGUUUAGCUUGCUCUAAAAUGGGCACGACACCAGCCUUAAUUUGUAUACAUGCAAGGAGAAAAAUUGUCAAGCAACAUUCUUCUGUAUAAUUAUGGUUUGCACUCCAGGUGAUCUGAUGAUGAGCAAAGGACUGGGACUAGCAGCAGAAUAGAAAUCCAGUUUCGUACCUUUAAUCACACGUCACGCCCUGAUUCGUUUGUAAAACUAUUUGAAACUUUGUGUCUGUUUCUUGCACAGGGAAAUGAAUAUCUGGGACAAAUUUGAGAUAGAAAUCUAACACAACGAAUCUGAUAUUGAGUAAAUGUAAACCUGAAAUUGAUUUCUAUUUUACAACUAGUGCCAGGCCUUUUCCGAGUUUCGAGAUCAUUUGGCCUAGCUAAUGACAAUAAAAGCAUUUAUUUAAACAUGAUAAUAAUAUCACAGCAUAGCUGUGCUAUUAUAACUGACUAAUAAUAAAAUGUGGCGAAUUAAAUUAAUAUUUCACAAAUUAUGUAUAAAUACAACAGAAAUCACAUUACUUUGACUGCACAGUGACACCAAUAUAUGAUGACGUAAACAGAUUUCUGAAACAAAAUCUACAAACUACUUGCUAUGGUACUUUUCAUGUACAUUGAUGUAAUAAUAUGACUAUCUAAUUCUAUACAAGAUAUUGUGUGACUAAAUUUCUCUGAAUAUUACAGGAGUUUUACUGCAUUAGUUUAGCUCAUAGGGAGCCCUAUUAAAAGACUGUCUGGUCAAGCUGUGUUGUUUUGUUAGCAACAUACUGAUGCUACUUAAACUUUUUCAAAAGAACUCCAUGUGGUCUAAAAGGAAUAUAUAUGUUAAGCCUUUUCCCUUGGAAGUAUUAAAAAAAUUGGAAUGCACUUUCAAAGUCAUUAGACAUCACAUCACUUUGACUGAUUUUGACACCCCUGUUAAAAAUCCACAUUGUUUGUGAGUGACUAGAAAUUUCAAAGCCCCGCAGUUUGCUAAUCACCACUGCACAGAUAUUGUACUUAAUUUAUCUCAUUUUAAUAGAUGUACAAUUUAAUGUGACUGUUUCAAGGCUUUCAUAAUGUGGGAAUAUUUUUACUAAGUCUAAAGGCUGAUUUCCACUGUUGCGUUUUUUAUACACACGUGAUGUUACUUAUGAAAUAACCAGAUAAAUAAAGCAAAAGAAUUUAGUGUUCCGCAAGUUUUAGUAUGCAUUUGUUAACUUAUUUGUAAAAUAUUUAAAAAAUAGAAGGAUUCAAAGUUUUACGUGCGUGUACGUGCGUACGAAAAACGAAAGAGUGGAAAUCAGCCUUAAGGGAAUAAUUUAUGAUGGUAUUAGCAGGGUGCGAUAAUUCGCGUACUUACGUACUGGACUUACGCCAAUAUUACGGUCUGGUAAUUCCUUGUAUUCAGUCACGUACCACGUAGGUGCGCGGAACUCUUGCUAUCUGCGUACUUAACUUUUUGCUGGUACCACAUGACCUUUCCAAGUCCAAGGUAUUCAAUACCGUAAUUUAGUUGGUAUACCAUGUGUCUGAGAUGUCUUGGCAUGAAACAUGAUUGGACUGAUGGCACUAAGAAACGUUGGAGUCGAUUGUCUGUAUAUUGCAAUUGUGAUAAUACACAUUGAGUACUGAGUUUGUUCUAGCGCGCAAGUACGCGACAACAACUAUUGGUGUACCAGUCAGGUGCGACUAAAAAUUUUGAAUUAUUGCACCCUGGACUAUUAGGAUUGUUGUUACCUUUUUUGUGCUGUUUUUUUGCUACGGGGUAUGACGAAACCUGGCGUGCUUUGUAGCCACAAAUUCUGGCUAUAAGGUAUAUAACCUCUCCCCAGCUCUUGUCAAUUCUCAUUCCCGUUUGUCUGGGCUUAAGCGUUGAAAUGUGAUGGGUGGAGCUUUGAAAACAAAUAUUUUCUAUCUGGAUAGAUCUGUGAACGUGUGAUCACAACAGUAAACUCUUGCACUGCAGACAAAGAUGAAAGAUUUAGCAAGGUAUGUCACAUGAUUUGUUUUUCCGUAAUCACUGUUCUUGACUACAUCAUUAUGACUAAUGUCAUGUGGACAGGUCACAUGAAAUCUAGAGAGAAUGAGCGCAUGGUCUAAGUUUUACUUAUGUAUGUUAUGUAUUGUUACAAAUUAUUUAUAUGUAAAGACAUUAAUUAUUCGGUGUCUAAGAGCCAUUUUCUUGACAAGCUAUAAUUUGUUUUGUAGCAAGAAUGUGUUCGUUUUGUCAACUCGGCAUUAGUUGAGAAAGUGAAAAGUGAGGAACGAAAUACUUUAAAAGUUUCAGGUAUGUUCUGUUGUUGUUGCUGUAUUGUUGUUGUUGUUAUUGGUGCUGUUGUUGUUGUCGCUGUUUUUGUGUUGUCGCUGUUUUUGUGUUGUUGUUUGCUGUGUUUUUGUCAUUGGUGGUGUUGUUGUUGUUGCUGUUGUCGCUGAACUGUUGUUGUUGUUGUUGUUGCUGUUGUUGUUGUUGCUAUUGUUGUUGUUGUUGCUGUUGUUGUGUUGUUGUUGUUAUUGGUGUUGUUGUUGUUGCUGUUUUUGUUGUUGUUUUCGCUUCCGUUGUUGUUGUUGCCGCUGCUGUUGUUUACGAACAUAACCACGGUAAACACCUUACAUUUAUAGUAAAACUUUUCAUCAAUGAAGAAAAGCCACACAAUAUUCAAGAAGCGAUCUUCCGAGGUAAGUUAUGCAUAAUUACAAGUUCAUCUCGAUUGUAUAUCAUGUUGAAAGCCAAGCCUAUGAAUUAAUUUCUUAUUUACGAGUUCACACAAUUUUCUCCUUUUAGAUUUGACAGAGCUUGGAGUUGACUAUAUUGAUGUUGUGGUGCUCUCCAUUCCACCAUUUCUUUGCGCGGAUACUCAGUUCUCUGUCAUCAAACCAAUGUGGAAGGUAUUUUCAUUUUGCAUUUUUUUUGUAUUCCCUGGAUCAACGGAAAAACUGAUCGUGUAUCAUGUCAUGUGUCUAUGUCGAACUCAUUAAGAGGCUUAAAGUUUGUUCGUUCACUGCAACCAGGUAUAUCAAUCAUGUUUCGCUCGCUACUCUGGUUUAAAUAAAUGAUUACAAAGCCCAGUCGAAUUGUAAUCAAGACCCGUUGGGUCUCGAAUUCUCGAGUCGAAACGUUGGGUCUUGAUUACAAUUCGAAUGGGCUUUGUAAUCAUUUAUUUAAACCAGAGUAGCGAGCGAAACAUCAUUAAGAGGCAUUUAUUUUCAAGGUUGCGUAUUUGCAAUGAAAAUAUUGACCGAAAGCACCACAUCGUAUUAAGAGGAGAUUUUUUUGUAUGUUACGUAACACGCGCUCAAAACUAAUGCGUAUUGAAUAUACCACUUGAGGUUAUGACUAAAUUCAAAAUUUUUAUUUUUCGAUACGUUUCUCAAUCGGCAAACAAACUUAAAAAGUAUGUUUAGUACUUUAUCUGUAAAAUAAUACUAAAAUGAAGAGAUUUUAGAUGAUACGCCAAAGACAAAAUGAUGUCUGAAGUUCAGUAAGUUUUGCUUAUACGGUUGUAAAUGUGGCGUCAAUUUUAAAGCAUCAAUGAUAAUUGCAUUUUAAUUGACAAUUUUUAACUAUUAUUUUAUGUUUCUCAACCGGCAGAUGCAUUUAAAAAGGUAGCUAACUAUAUAAACUAGAGAAUAAAGCUAAAACAAAGUAAUUUUGAGAGGAACGCCAAAAAGAUUUUAGGUUUUGAACACUUUUCAUUGCAAAUACGUGACAUUGAAAAAAAUUGCCUCUUAAUAAUCCUUUGUUUUCUCAGGAACUGGAAAAACUGGUAGAGCAGUCAUACGUGGGUGACAUCGCCGUGUGUGACUUCAGCAUGGAAGCAUUGAAGCAGUUGAAUAAAUUUGCAAAGGUUAUUAUAUGCGAUAUUUUUAGUCGCAGUCCGCGAUAAAUGCAUUACUCUACAUGCAGUAUAUAGAUUAUUAAUUUAUAUAUUUGUUUUUUCAGAUCAAACCUGUAUACGACCAAAUAAAUUUAGCAUCCUGUUGUGUCAUGCCACAGGUAAACAUGUUCAUGAUAUUUUGCUUAACG